GCGUUUGUAUUUUGGAAUAUUUAUUUGAUCAAAUCGCAUAAAAUUCCAGCAAAGUAUUUCGAAAAUGCAAAAAUUAAAAACGAUUUGAAUGAACUUGAACAGCUACUAAAAGAACGAGAACAGGGUCAACAAGAAAUAUUAAGUCAAAAGUCGCCUACAACCGACAUACAUCUAGACAGACCCGGCAUUUCUCAUAAAAGCAUGCCAACAUCUACAGAGGAAGAAAUAUUGUUGAUAGAGAAUAAAAUCAAAGAAUGGAGAAAAACAAACGAAGGGGAAAAAGAAGAAAACACAGAAAAAUUAUCAAUAGACAAUCCGGAGAAAAUUAACCCAGAUGACCCUUUAUCCAACCUGCUUGAAGGUAUGGAAAUUGAGAACAAUGGACAUCCUCAUCUUGUUCAAGGACUUCAUCCAGAAGAUAGUGCUAAGACGUAUGGUGAUUCCCAUGACUCACACAGACUUAUGCCAGAACAGAUAGAAGAACUUAAAUUAAGGACGUUGGUCAAAUCAGAUAUCAGAAAUAGAAAUUUUGACGCCUAUACUAAUUGGCUUUGGAAAGACGGAAUUAUUCCUUAUAGGAUAUACAACAUGUCAGCAAGUUCAAUUACAGUAAUAGACAAGGCCAUUAAACAGUUCCAUGACAACACAUGUAUCAAAUGGAUAACAACAACUGAUCCCCUGUACAACCCUUCAGCACUUGGACACCAGAAUGUGAUAACAUUUAUAAAUGAAGGAGGUUGUUGGUCCUAUGUAGGUAAUGUGUUUCCUACUGGAAGCAGAAUACAGUACCUGAGCUUAGAAGAACCAUAUUGUGUUACUGUUAGCACAGCUGUACAUGAGAUGUUACAUGCCAUGGGAGGACAUCAUGAACAAUCUAGAAGUGAUCGUGAUAAUUACGUUACAAUUGAAUGGCCAAACGUACAGCCACAAUGGAAUGGAUACGCGUAUGUGAACAAUACCAACAUGGUGAAGGAAAACACACAAGACAACAAUCCCUAUGAUGCAGAAUCAUCUAUGCAGUACAGUUUAUAUGCUUUUUCCACGAAUGGCAAACAAACUAUCAAGUUUAAAGACCAACGAUUAGAGUUUUUGGCCGAUUCAGCUGAUGGGUUAGAAUUCUAUGAUAUACAGGAUGUUACUGAUGCAUAUAAAUGUACAGAUCACUGCACUAACAGACCUAACUGUCAGAAUGGAGGCUUCGUCAACUACCAGUGUACAUGUACUUGCCCAGAACACUUGAAUGGUGUUUCCUGUGAACAAACGGUCUCAAAUAGUCACACGUGUGGUGGUGUUAUCAGUCUUGGUGCAGGAGAGGAACGAUUCAUUGAAUCACCAAACUAUCCAGCUAACUACCCAACAGGACUAGAAUGUACCUGGUUAAUCAAGGGAACUUCCAAUAGUAUAGUUCGAGCUUCAGUACAGUACAUGGAUAUAUCUGCUGAUGCUGCUUGCAAUCAUUGGUUGGAGUAUAGAUAUAAUUUAUUAGGACAGAAAGGCCCAAAGAAAUGUGGUACAAACUUUGUUGCGGAUGAAGAGAUAUGGGAUAGUACACUAGAUGAGCUGAGCAAUGCUAUGAUGAUAAUAUUUGACAGUAACACAUUUUCAACAAAACCGGCUGCAACAGGAUUCUCCAUUAAAGUUCAAUCGAUUGGAACAGGAUGUGUCCAUAGCCCUUGUGUAUAUGGAAAGUGCAAUAGUCCUCAGGGUACCCAUGGCUAUACAUGUACGUGUAACCAAGGUAUAUCCGGGACAAACUGUGAUGUGCUUACUGCUUUUUCAGUAAUUGAGUGUUCAUUUGAAUAUGGGGAAAGGUGCAUUUUUGAGAAUCAGGCAAACAACCAGCUGAAUUGGGAAUAUCAAAAUAAACAGACACCGUCAAGCGGUACGGGACCUGAUAGUGCUUACAGAGGAUACCAGUAUGUUUAUAUUGAGGCGUCAGGAUCAAACAGACAGGAUGGUGAUAAAGCUGUGAUGUUAACUAAUCUACAAUUACCUGGUGUCGACCACUGUAUGACAUUCUGGUAUCACAUGAAGGGAACUAAUAUGGGUGCAUUAAAUAUAUACAUUGAGGGACAAAAUAUAGGAAAGUCUAGAAUAUGGAGACGAUCUGGGCAGCAGGGCAAUGAUUGGAUAAAAGGAGAAGUCGACGUACCGGAUACGAAUGGUCGUAAGAUUUCCAUUGAAGCUGUUCGUGGAUCUGACUUUUCAAGCGAUAUCGCAAUCGAUGACAUUUCACUUACUCCAGGGAAUUGUGUUGUUCUAACUACAACCAAGCCGACUACAACUUCAUCCAAGCCAACAGGUGGCAGCAAAACAUGUUCAUUUGAGAUUGGUGCUUCAUGCUUUUUGGUUGAAGCUACAAAUGACGAUUUUGAUUGGACUCCUAAUUCUGGAGGUACUCCGUCUUCUGCAACAGGACCAUCAUCUGCCUAUGAAGGUGCAAUGUACAAGUAUACAGAAGUAUCAGACCCAGUAAGAAACAACUAUGUUGCCAGAUUGAUUUCGUCCUCAUCAUUAAAUGCUGGUGAUCACUGUUUAACUUUUGCAUAUCACAUGUUCGGAGCAGAUACAAUGGGAGAUCUGAAAAUUUCAACAGGAGUUUCAGCUCCUGAAAAUGAACUUUUUAAACAAUCUGGUAAUCACGGUGACCAGUGGAACAAAGGAAUGGUUGAAUUUACAUCUCUUGCUCAAAUGAAGUUAUUUAUAGAAGCAAACAAAGCAAUUACAUUUCGAGGAGAUAUUGCUGUCGAUGAUAUUGAACUAAAAAGUGGAAAAUGUGAUGCCAACCCAGUAUCAAAUGGUCCAACAAACUCACCAACUACAACAAUACCAACUACUACUAAACCAACUACUACCAAACCAACUACUACUAAACCAACUACAACUCGACCAACUACAACUAAACUAACUACAACCCAACCAACUACAACUAAACUAACUACAACCCAACCAACUACAACUCAACCAGUUACAACUAAAGCAACUUCAUCUCAACCAACGACAACUAAAGCAACUACAACUCAAGUACCUACAACUAAACUAAAUAUUACUCAGCAAACAGAAUGUAGAUCAGAGUUCAUAUGUGGAUUUGAAGGUCAAGAGAAAUGCGUAUUUGAAAAUAUAGAUCAGGAUGAUUUUGAUUGGGAUAUUAAUUCUGGGUCAACAUCUAGCACUUCAACUGGUCCUGAUAAUGCCUAUGAAGGUUCUGGAUAUAUUUACACUGAGGCAUCGUCUCCGCGUUUACAGGGGGACAAAGCUGUGUUAUCAACUGCUAAAACAAGACUAGCCGGUAAAAGUACGCAUUGCUUACAGUUUUACUUGCAUAUGUAUGGUGAGCCUGGUACCUUAGAUGUUAAAUAUGGUGAAAGUGGUUCUGCUGUUUCUGUUUGGUCAAUGUCCGGUGACCAAGGAGAUCAAUGGGAGUAUCAUCAAGUGGAAUUACCUCCUAGCUUCAGUAAUCCAGUGAUCUUAUUUGAAGCAUCUAGAGGAUCAUCAUAUAGAUCAGACAUAGCACUCGAUUCAGUUAAACUAAGCGUUGGAGAAUGUCCAGCUAUCAGUGCCUGUUCUCAUAACCCAUGUAUCAAUGGUGGUACCUGUAAUGAGGAUGGCAGCACUGCCGGAUAUAAUUGUAAUUGUAUGUUAGGCUGGACUGGAUUUAAUUGUAAUGUUCAAGAUAUUUUCAGUUGUGGAUUUGAGACUGAUGCACCAUGUAUUUUCAAAAAUGCAUCACAGGAUGACUUUGAUUGGAGUUUGAAUUCUUUGACCACACCAAGUAAAGAUACUGGACCCAACAAUGCAGCUGUUGGAAAUUACUACAUGUAUACAGAGGUUUCAAACCCGAGAACAUUUGGCGAUAAAGCUGUUCUCACAACUGAGGAAUUUAACUUACAAGCUGGAGUUUGGUGUCUGUCCUUCCAGUACCAUAUGAAAGGGACAGGUAUUGGAACAUUAGAAGUAUUUUAUGGCAAUAGAGCAUCCUCUUUGGCAAAUGUUUGGAAAAAGAGUGGAGAGCAACCAGAUCCCGAACAAUGGAAAACUUGUACUUUAGAACUACCACAGUUAGUUAAUCCUAUUAUUACAAUAGAAGCCGGCAGAGGUUCCUCAUACCAUGGUGACAUUGCUAUUGAUGAUAUCUCCCUCAGACCCGGUGGAUGUAUUCCAGGAAAUUAACAGAAAAAGAAAGCCUUGAUAUAAUGACCCAAUGAUCAUGAGGUAUUAACACAACGAACUUACUCAACACAAAUGACUUAAUUGUCACGUGAUAAAACAGUUACUAUUAAUUAUCUCUGUUAACAUUUGUAUGAUAAAUACUAGCAAUAUAUAUAUUCAUUAAUUGUGUAAAAUAGUUUCUAUACAUUUUUUAUCCGC